AUGGCGUCGGCAGUGUCGUCCGAGCGGCUUGAUCAGCCAGCUGAGGUUGCGAGCAGGGUCCUGAGGAGAGCUCAGGUGUCGAAGAUGACCAGGGCUCUGCAGAACCGCCUGGCGCUUGCCAACGUCAAGGUGAAGCACGGCUGGGAGAACCUCAACAUUGACACCAUGGAGGCCCAGAUUGAUGUUCAGCUGAAGCGUAAGCGCCCGGAGUCCACCAACACCACCCUCUCCGACACCUCCUCCAGCACUUCCGAUCGCUUCCACCCUCUCUGUGCCUUCGACUCGUCGCCGCUCGCGGCCCCCAUAUUCUCCGACGAUGUCGGAAGGUCCGGAGGUGGAUACGGGUCGGCAAAGAGGAUGAGGUACCAGCCCGACUUCUACAGGCGGCCCGUUUCCAGCAGCCAUUCUCGCACAAGGGUCAGGCCUUCGAGUGCUAGGACGUGGAAGAGCUCGUACCGGCUGCCAGAGUCCUCUCCUGCCUAUCGCAAGAGCAGGAACUUCUCGCUGCCCCAGGUGCCGAGCCUCUCGUUCGUUUCGGAAGGUUCCACCGUGGCAGACGAACCUCUCUCGCCAUUGCUCUCCGAGGAUGACGAUGCAGACCUUCCGUUGUCUUCCUUCCAGGUCAAUGCCUCCCACAUGCGUUCCUCGCCCCCGCCGCUCCAUAGUCCACGCACCCCCCCUCCUGGAAUGGCCCGUUCAGGCCGCCUACGAAACGACACUUUCACGGCCACACCUCGGAACAAUCAGAAUGGGGAGGAGGAUGCAAACUUGCUUAUGUACUUGGCCACCUCGCCAUCCCCGGCCAAUCCUGGCAACAACAAGACUCGUCUGGUUGCCCCUUCUACGCCGCCGCAGAAGACGACUCCUCUCCCGUCUUCAAUGAUGUCCACGCCUGGCGGCGGCGGCCCCUUCUCUGGCUUUGGCCUGCACACACCCGGGAACAACCUAAACUUUGCCGACUUCCUCAACAUGACGCCUAGUCCUGCCCAGAUCACGAGCAGCUGGAACCGUACACCUGUGGCUGGAAAGACGCCUCUUACGGCCCGGGAUGCCCGCAGGCGCCUCAACUUUGACAAUCUUCUCCCUCCGACGAGCCACAGUCCCACGGUCGGCUCCCUUGAGCGCGCGAGGAUCAGCAAGAUGGAGGCGGGCCUUGGCAUGGACCUCGGUGGGGAGCUGGUCUCCUAG